GUGUCACCAGAAUCAGCUUCCGUUUUAAUCCUCACACACACCUCACGCACAGCGGUCUAAACUGGUACUUCUCUGGCGUCAGUUUAAGAAAAAAUUGGUAAAACUAGUUUUGUUGUUUUCGAUCAAAAUGUCUUCAAAUACAAACAGCAGCGACAGUUUGAACGAACAAUCUGCGUUAAAAGAGGAACUCAAUCAAAAGAUCAAAGAGCAGAAGGUUAUCGUGGACGAGCUCUCAAAUCUGAGGAAAAACAGGAAAGUCUACAUCCAGCAGAGGAACAGCAACAUCUUCUUCCUGUCCGACCGAAGUCAGACUCUGAGUUCACGUAGAAAGGAGCUGGAUUAUAUGAAACAGGAAGUUCAGGAGCUGUAAGACAUCAGCAAUGUGCGGGAUCUUCUGCCAGCUGAGUCUGACCGGAGCUCGAUGUGAGCGGGACAAAACGCUGUGUGAAUACCUGCAGAGAAGAGGACCCGACUCGAACCGGGACAUCACCAUCACCGGGGCUCCUUCCAGCUACCACUGUUUAUUUUCAGCCCAUGUUCUCCACAUGAGAGGCCCCCUCACCACCCAGCCACUGCAGGACGAUGUGGGAAAUGUCCUGAUGUGGAACGGAGAGAUUUUUGGAGGUCUUCCGGUGAUGCCCGAGGAGAACGACACUCUUGUUAUCUGCCGGAAGUUGUCGUCGUGCACAGCUCCCUCAGAGAUCCUCGCUGUCCUGUCUGCCGUCCAGGGCCCGUGGGGGUUUGUGUACUACCAGAAGGCAGGAGAUUUCCUCUGGUUCGGCAGAGACUUCUUCGGACGGCGGAGCUUGUUGUGGAAGUUUGAUGGAGAGACAUUGACCCUGACUUCAGUUGCAGCUCAGAUUCCUGCGCCUGAUCGCUCUAAUUGGACAGAAAUCCCAGCAGCUGGUGUGUUUUGGGUCGAUCUAAAGGAGGUUGAACGUACUGGCUCUGUGUGCUUUGAGAUAUUUCCUUGGGCAGGAACUCGUUUCACCUCUCCUACAAAUGAAAACACAUCUGUUCCCAUUGGCUGCAGUGUUGUUCUAAACCAAGCUGGCCUUGAACUCCCCUCUCCUGUUUGCUCUUUGAAUGUCUCACUUCCACAUGAACCGAAUGAAGCGGAGAAGCAUCCAGACUCACAUCCAUCUGUCGGUGACCUGGUGGAGCUGCUGCGGAGCAGAGAGAACCCCGCUGAGGUCAACAGACUGAUGGAUGUCCUUAGUGAAGCGGUGAGGAGGCGAGUUCAGUGUCUUCCUCUCAGGCCACAAGACUCCUCCCCUGUUAGUGAUGGUGCGAGUGUCGCCAUCCUCUUCUCAGGAGGGAUUGAUUCAAUGAUUUUGGCCGCUUUAGCGGACCAGCACAUUCCUUCUCAUCAACCAAUUGAUCUUCUUAACGUCGCGUUUAGGCAGCAGGAACCAAAAAGGCAGAACGAGUCUGUAAAGAAACAGAAAAAGCACAAAAACAGAGAUUCCAGGAAUGACUGUGUCCCAGCGUUCAGCCACUUCGAUGUUCCUGACCGGCUCACUGGACGAGCCGGGCUGAAGGAAUUACAAGACCUGAAUCCUGAAAGACGGUGGAACUUUGUUGAGAUCAACGUAACACAAGAGGAGCUGCAACAGAUGCGUCAGGCGCGCAUUUGUCAUUUAGUGCACCCGCUGGAUACAGUUCUGGACGAUAGCAUCGGAUGUGCGGUUUGGUUUGCAGCGAGAGGUCGAGGGGUCAUCCCGGAGGUCGAGGGCCAGCGACCCUUCUCAUCAGCAGCAAAGGUAAUUCUAACAGGACUAGGAGCCGACGAGCAGCUGGCAGGUUACUCCAGACACAGAGUUCGAUUUAAAACAUCAGGACACGAAGGACUGAUCCAGGAACUGGCUAUGGAGCUGAGCCGGAUCUCCUCCAGGAACCUAGGCAGGGAUGACAGAGUGAUAGGAGACCACGGGAAGGAAGCCAGGUUUCCUUACCUGGAUGAGGAUGUUGUGAGUCUCCUGAACUCUCUUCCUGUAUGGGAGAAAGCAGAUCUGUCACUUCCUCGAGGCGUUGGAGAGAAGCUCCUCCUGAGGCUGGUGGCAAGGCAGCUGGGGCUCUGCCAGUCGGCUGUCCUGCCUAAGAGGGCCAUGCAGUUUGGCUCCCGGAUCGCAAAGAUGGAGAACGGCUGUGAAAAGGGCUCUGAUAGAUGCAGAAGACUCCUCACAGAAUAGGUUAUUUAAUUAGAAAACAUUCAGUUUUAAUCAUUUAGUCAUCAACAUGCACGUUACAGUAAUCCUGUACGUGGUUUUGGGUUAAAGUUAAACAGUCAGUCAAUGAUUCAGACAUGUUUGGAUCCAUGAAUUGAGUAUUUUACUGUUUUUUUUCCUAAACCAUGUAAGACUCAACAUCCUUGAGUUUCUCUCUGAAGUAAAGGUCACAUUCGAUGUACGAAGGCAAGUUUCCUACAUCGAAACGCCCAGAAAUCUGAUGAAUGUAAACUGGUUUCCUAACAGGAGAAAAGAAAAUCUGUCUUUAGGAGAGAAGUUAAUUAGUUAUUCUCAGAUGUUCUGAGAGUGAAACCAGAAGUUACCUUAGAAUGAGCCACGACACAAAGUUUCCAGGAGCGUCUUUUUCUUCAAUAGGAGCAUCCUGUGGGGACAAGACCGUUCUGCUUAGAUGUGACUUUUAGAUUUGAAAUAAACCACAUUUCCCCAA